AGGGAGCUCGCCCCGCCGCUGCGACUGGGAGGAGCGGAGCGGCCUUGAGGGACGGAGCCGCCGGAGGGAUCGUGUGUUAUCGCAGCUCUGCUUUGCCGUGCCAUGGAGGAUGCGUUGCCUUCGGGCCUGUUGGAGGUCUGCUUGUUGGUCGGCGUGCCCAGGGAGCAGUUAAAGUCUCAACUGCAGGACACUCAAAGAAAACCCAGAAGUCUUCUUCCCCUGCAUCCAGAAGUUCUUUCUGUAUUUGUGCCUCCAUUUAUCAACAGAGAUGAUGUUCACUCGACUAAUACGAGCGGCAGUAACUUCACCAGAGGCAAACGCCGAUCUUUCAGAAAAAAGAAAGAGAGACCCAAGUUGGAAAAUGCCAAGACUCUCAAUGGGGAGCAGAAAGCACCUGGCACUGAAGAUAUUACAGUUCCAAAGGACAUUGAUCUCAUUGGUUUGCCACAGCUGUGCUUCCCAGGAGGACUUUAUAUAACUUCAGAACCAAGAGAGGACCACAUUCACUUCCUGGUCUUCACAGAUGUCUGUGGUAACAGAACAUACGGCGUUGUUGCACAGUACUAUCAGCCCAUGCAAGAUGGCUGUAUUGCCUCUAAUGGACAGACCCAGUGGGAAUCUGUGCGGGCUGGGAAGAAGCCUGGCUGUUUUGUACCGCUUGCUAUUUGUGUUAUAUCCAGAUAUCCGUAUUUUAAUGCCCUCAAAGACUGUCUCUCAUGCUUACUUGUGCAGCUGCGAUCUUUCAAGGAUUUAGAUGUUGAUGAUCAUGUAAAAGAAUUUGCAGCAAAAUUAUUUUUAAUACCCAGCCCACCACCAGGACCACUGCACUUGGUAUUUAAUAUGAAACCACUUCAUAUAAUUAUUCCUUCACGAGAGGAUCCGGACAGUCCAGUUAUUGACUUGGAUCUUCAUCUUCCAUUGCUGUGCUUCAAGCCAGAGCAGGUGCUGCAGAUUAUAACCUGUAUUUUGACUGAGCGGAAGAUGGUGUUCUUCUCUUCUGACUGGGCUCUGCUGACACUUGUGGCUGAAUGCUUUAUGUUGUACCUUCAUCCCCUUCAGUGGCAACACACCUUUGUGCCUCUUCUGUCUCGUCAUAUGCUGGAUUUUGUAAUGGCUCCAACAUCUUUUCUUAUGGGAUGUCAUGCAGAUCACUUUGAAGAAGUUAGCACGGAAGGUGAAGAUUUAGUUCUAAUUAAUAUUGAUGAUGGGAAUAUUUCAUAUUCCAAAAUGGUUGAAGAGGAACCUGAAAUUCCAGAUGUUCCAGCACAAGCAGCAGAAGCUUUCAAAAAAAGAGCGGAGAGUCUUCAUCUGCACUAUGACCUAGAGCUGUGUCAUCUCCGUGCCACCACAGAUCUCAGUGAACUUCAGAUGCGCAGAAGGGCUUGGCAGCAGAAACUGAAUACAGAAGUUCAGCAAAUGACUUUGCAGUUAAUUGUUAAUAUCUUCAGGGAGGUAAAAGACCACCUAAAUUAUGAACACAGAGUGUUUAACAGUGAAGAAUUUCUGAAAACAAGGGCAAUAGGAGAUCAGCCAUUUUAUGGAAAAGUUUUGGAGACCUUCAUGUUUCAUUCUUUUCUUAAGGCUCGUUUGAACAGAAAGAUGGAUGCUUUUGCUCGACUUGAAUUGAGCACCCAGUCUGAAGAGGAUAGAUUCAACAUGAUGUUUCGUACUCCAAGAAGACUUACUAUGGAGAAAAUGGCUUCUAAAAGACUUAAUUCACAGAACAUCAUUAAUAGACGUAUGGUAAUCAGUAUGCCUAAUCUGCAAGAUAUCAAACUGCCAGAGAGCCCUACUAGAAAAUCCUCACUUCGAAGAAUAGAGACAGGCAUUGCUGUGGAAAAGCCCUCUAAAUCAGUUAGUACAUUCAAAAUCCCAGAAAUUCAUUUUCCUCUGAUGAGCCACUGUGUUCACUCCUACUAUACAGAAUUCUUCAACCAUCUCAGCAAAGCUAUAAAUACUUUACCACCUGAUAAUUCAGCAUUGCUGGCAAGGUACUUCUACCUCCGGGGACUUAUUAGCUUGAUGCAAGGGAAACUACUAAAUGCACUUUCUGACUUUCAGAACCUAGAUAAAACAGACUUAAGAAUUUUCCCUACUGAACUUGUAAGAAAAAUUGUGGAAACCUUGCCUCCUUCUGAGCGUUUUCAAGCUGACCGCAAGCCUGAGCUGAAGAGGCUCAUAAGCCUAGUGAUGGAACAACAAAGGGAAGUGACAAAAAUAGAUGACCAUGUAAAACACUUUGAAUUGCCAAGAACACACAUGCAACUGGAUGAUUUUGUGAAGCGAAUCCAGGAGUCUGGGAUUGUCAGAGACACAGACACCAUACAUCGGUUGUUUGAUGCCUUAACCGUAGGGCAGCAGAAACAAAUUGAUCCUGAAACAUUCCGAGAUUUCUACAACUACUGGAAAGAAACUGAAGCAGAAGCUCAAGAGGUGAAUCUGCCACCAGCAGUAAUAGAACAUCUGGAUAAAAAUGAAUGCGUCUACAAAUUAUCUUGCUCAGUUAAAACUAACUAUGGUGUAGGAAAAAUAGCACUGACCCAAAAGCGCUUAUUUCUUUUGACUGAAGGAGGACAUCCUGGCUACGUCCAUAUUGCUGCUUUCAGGGAUAUAGAGGAUGUUAAGAACACAACUGUAGCCUUCCUUCUUUUGAGAAUACCUACUCUGAGGAUUGAAACGAUAUAUAAAAAACAAGUAUUUGAAGCUAACCUUAAAACUGAGUGUGAUCUCUGGUACCUGAUAGUGAAAGAAAUGUGGGCUGGAAAGAAAAUGGCGGAUGAUCACAAGGAUCCUCAGUAUAUUCAGCAAGCACUGACAAAUGUUCUCCUGAUGGAUGCUGUCGUUGGUGCACUGCAGUCCUCCAAAGCCAUAUAUGCAGCCUCUAAGCUGUCUUAUUUUGACAGGAUGAAGAGUGAAGUGCCUAUGAUGAUCCCCAAAACAACCUCAGAGACAUUAAAGCACAAGAUCAACCCAUCAGCUGGUGAGACAUUUCCACAGGCAAUAGAUGUCUUGCUUUAUACUCCAGGGCAUCUUGAGAUUUCAGAAAGACCUGACAAUGCUCAUCCGAAACUAUGGUGUGCUUUAAAUGAAGGGAAAGUUGUAGUCUUUGAUGCAUCUACCUGGGCUAUUCAACAGCACUGUUUCAGAAUGGGCCGCUGUAAACUGACUUGUAUGGUAAUGGUAGAACAGAGUCAAGUAUGGAUUGGUUCUCAAGACUCCAUUAUUUAUAUAAUCAACACUCACAGUAUGUCUUGUAAUAAGCAACUAAAUGAUCACCGUUCUGCUAUUACCGACAUAGUUGUGGAGAAGAAGAAUGGAAUACCCAGUGAAGCGUACUCUAGCAGCUUAGAUGGAACAGUGAUUGCUUGGAACAUCAGCACUCUGAAGGUUAACCGUGCUUUUCAGCUGCCCUGCCAGAACCUAACUUCUAUUAAGCUUCACAAUGACCAACUGUGGUGCUGUACUGGAAGUUGCAUAUUUGUAAUGUCAACUUACGAAUUUCGACUACAAAUGAAAAUUGAGCAUCACCUGAAGGAUGUGUGUUCACAUUUCUUCUGCUUCCAGCUCUUUCCUGAGAGAAAUGAAGUGUGGGCAUCUUACUCCGGGAGCAGUGAUCUGUAUAUCUGGAACACCAGAGACUUUUCAAGCACACCUCAAAAAAUCCAUCUUCAAGAUUGCUCUGAGAUUACCUGCAUGAUACAAGUCAAAAAUCAGAUGUGGGUUGGCAGCAGAGGAACGUCGCAAGGCAAAAUUAAAGGGAAGAUCUACGUGAUCAGUGCUGAGAAGAAAACUGUGGAGAAAGAGUUGUUUGGUCACGCCGAUACAGUAAAGGCUCUUUGCUCUGCAGAGGACAGAUACGUCCUCAGUGGUGCUGGAAGGGAAGAAGGGAAAAUUGCCAUUUGGAAAGUUGAAUAGUUGAAGUGAUUCAAAAUAUGUCUACCUGUGCUGGAAAAAAGACCUCAGGCCUUGGUUACUCUGGCAUUUUGCUUCUGUUUCAGCCACCUGACAGUGUUAUUUUUGUAUUUAUUGAACUAUUUUCAGGUAGCUACAUUGUUGCUGAAAAUCAGCUUUGAAAUGAAUCUCUCCUUGUACCUUGUAUCGCAUCUGCGUGUUUGAUAAAGAAAUGGAAAUGUGAAUAGGGAGGGAUUGCUGGCUUUAAACUUAACCAUAUUUUGUUGUGAAGGAUCAGAGUUACAGGCCAGGUCUGUUAUGCAGGCUGCAUUAAAUCAGCUGAAGAUGCUGAGGAUAGGCUCAGUAAUUCCACAGGAGCUCUGUCUCAGCAUUGCAUGUAAUAGCUGGAAAAGUUCACUGAUAUCAAACAAUCAACAAAUCCCAGAACCAAACCAAAAACAAAACACCCCAAUGGAUUUGUUUGAUUCACUGAGUUAAUGUAAAUGCUGAGUAUUUAUCUUUCUGAACUAGCAGCUAGAAUUAGCUGGGAAGACUGCCCAUUAUCACUAUAUGUAUAUAUUUAUGGUGCUGUAUUAUUUAAAAGGUAGAUGCAGGCAGACUCUUCUUGAUAGCACUGGAAAUGUCCUGCUGCUAAAACAGGAUACUUGGAUAUUGUUCUGAAAUGUUGUUCUCCUAAAAACCAAUGCACAGCACUUGGCAUUUAUGAAACUGACAUUUCUUUCCCCAUCUGCAAUACUUUUAAGUCCUAUAUGUAUUAACUUUGCUUUUGGAAGCAACCUUUUUUAGUGACUGUGCAAACAAAUCUCUGCUGGUCCUCCUUCCAGCCACCAUUUCUGUAACCAGAGGAACUGCUGACAUUUAAUAUAGAACCUUUAAAGUCACCAAAAUAUGCCUUAACUACUGAAGUAGGCAUUAUCAAAUUGCCUUCUAAGGGGUUCUUUCAAGCAGCAUUUCCCGAUCACUUCCUAAUGUACUUUUUCUACUGUUAACUAAAUCACCUACAAGUAAAACAAUGAAUCUUUGCAGAGUAGUUUUACUUGUAUCAGUGCUGAGUGAAGUGGAAUGCAAUAUUUAAGUUAUUACAAACAGAAGGAACAACAGGGCUGCUACUUUUUUAACAAAUAUAAACUGAAACUGUAGGCCUGAUAGAAAUGGAAACUACUGAAAGUACACUGCAUCUAAUGCUUCAGAUCUUUCAGUGUACUGAUGAAAGGUUUUAUGUGAUGGUAAUUGUAAUUUGACCUCUUUUUUAGUAUUUUUUUUCAAUUUAAGACUAUUAAACACUAUAUUGAUACUCUGGCCUUUCUUUGUUUUCCUGUGUAACGUAGUGCACAAUACAACAACUAUGAUUUGGUUUUCUUUGCAUUGACUUGCAUCACCUCUUUGUGCUAAGGAGAAAAAUUGCCUGUGUUUCUCCCUGCACGUUCUCCUUUCUAAAAACAGCUUCUGCUGCUCAUGUGUCCUCCUUCUUGAGCCCCUCAUCUGUAACUCCCAGACUCCUUGUUUCCUCCCCAGGCAGCUGUCUGGCUGCUGGUGGUAGGUGAAAGUAAUUAUGUUCUCUCUGCAGAGACACACGGGACCUGAGCUGCUGAGGAAAUGUCAGCUAUUGCAGAGACGUACCCAGCUCCUGCAGCCUGUUUGCCAGUGCCUGUCUGAUUCCUGCUAGACUCCUUGGACCUUGCUUUGCUGUCUCUGCUGGUACCCUGCUUGUGUAAAUGUCAGAUGACAAAACUAGAAAAUGCCAUUUUUUUUUUUUAUGCUUGGACUCUUCUAGAAAGUUUAUGAUGUUUCUUAUUGAAUAGCAACAUAAUUUAUUGAUUAGAUGGCUCCUUUUCAGAAUGCUGCUUUCUUUAAUACCAUCUGUUGCUAUGGCUGGUGAACACAAGCGUAUAGCAGUGCAGUUUAACCACAGCUGAUAAAACCAGGUGGGACGUAGAUCCUUCAGCGGUCAUCCCUGAGGGCAGGAGUAGCAGUGAUACAAGUAUGACUGAUUUGGGGGACAGUGCCAUGUUGUUUUGCCUCUCCUCAUGUGAUGACAAAGCUCAGGUAUGUUACACUUACUAUUUCUGCUUUGCUCCCGUGUUACAGACAUGGCAGUGAACCUGCAGGAAUAGGGCUUUUGGGUUUAGCUCAGUUUUCAGUUCACUUGUUCUUUUCCUGCUGUUUGGUGGGGGGGGAGGCACAGAGGGAGGAAUUCUGACCCCAGUAUUCAAAUUUGCACUUGUUUGGAGAGAUUUUGGCUCUUCUCUGUCCAUGUCCACUCAAAACCAAUUAACUGCCUUCCUGAGUGGGGAUAAAGACCUUCCAAGCUUUAGGAAGCCACUUUUGUAAGAGAUGCUGCACUCUGAUGAGCUCUCUUGCUGAGCUGCUGUUGGGACUGGUCAGCUGUAAUGUCAACCCCCGAAUUUCUCCUGUGCUGCCAUUCUUUCCUUUUCUGCUUUGUUGAAGCACUGCUUGCUUCAUGGAAGCCAGCUGCAGUUCAAGGUUAAUUUUUGUUCGACUCCUUUCUGCUGUUGAUUUUUCAGGCCGAGGGGUGGCAGUGUUUGCUUCUAGAAAUAGCCUGCAUGAACUGCGGAGGUAGGAGCUGCUUGGAAAGUCUGGCUGUUGUGUUCUGCCUGUAAUCUCCCGCGUGGGCUGUGCAGUGAGGUAGGAAACUACUUCUUUUGCCUUUCAGCCUGUAGUCAUGGGCUGCUGUAGGACUGCUGUAUGGAUAGGCUUCUUUCUUCAACAGUAAUGAUUGACCUCACACGUUUAGAGCAGGGGAGAAAAAGCAGAAACCGUCUUAGCACUGCUGCUGUGACUUGACUUGCCUUUGUCACUCUAUUGAUUCAGCCACAAUGUUCCCAUGGUUGCCCUUCCCAGCACUCCCCUCAUGACUGCUCCAGGACGCAGCACAUGUGCUGGUUAUCACUUGCUGUAUGGCUUUAGUGCAGUUCUUGUCUGUGACUGGGUCAGAUUCCAUUUAGGGACUGAGGACAAAGUAGAUGAUGAUGCUGGAUGUAUGCUGAAGGAUUGCCCACCUGGUUUUCCCCACUGCCUGUCACCCUUGGAUUUGGUUCAUUUUCUCCUGUACUGAUGCUUCUUUCAUCACUGAAUCCCCUCAGGGAGUGUUUCCCUGUGGGAUGGACGCCCCCUGCCUGUUUUUGCUGUCCCGAGUUCCCUCCUCUCUUUGAUAUGCCCUUAUCCCCUUGGGAUAUCCCCUUGCUGCUUGAGCACCCUAACCUGUUGCAUGGGGUUCCUAAAUCCCUGUUUCUUCCUUGGCAAAUGGUGUUACCUCUCCAUCAAGCACUGCAGGCUGGUGAUGGAUAUGGGGACAAAAAAAGGGGUGAGGUUCUAAGGGAAAACCCCUAAACUCCCUUUCUGGGCUGCGGCAGUUUGCUCUUCUUGCCUGUAUUCCUUCCCCAGGUAUACCCAAAUGUUCCAAGUGAUGGAGCUGACACUAAAUGCCUCCACCCAAGCUCCCUACAAACAACACAGGAAUGCAAACCACAAACUCUUACUGAAAUGUUUAUUAAGAUUGAACUUCAGAACAACGGAUUGGAACACAAUGUCUCGUGGAAUAGAAUAUUUCUAAAUUGAUUUUGUUUUCUAUGCAUAAAUGGGGAAAAAAAAUAAAUCAAGAUUAUACAAAAAGAACAGAAAGUGCAGAACACAAUAAAACAGUUCUCAUGCAACAACUUCUUGUUUUAACCUUAAAAACAGAAAAUAAGCUCAACAGUGUGGAAAUAAAAAACAUACAUACGUUAUGCCGUCUACGCACUCAAACAUUCAUCUGUGACGUUACUUUUCUUUAUCCCUUUUUCCUCAUAAAACUUAACGUUAUGUGUUUAACACAUGCUUAUAAACAUUGCUAAACUCAGCAAGAGCUAUUAUAGUGCCCCAACUUAAUAAGUUGAUAAAAAAGUAGUUGUCGUACGGCCAGUUCACACAGGAACUAAAUAUUCUUCUUCUUUAUUUUUUUUUUCUGCUAUGAGAUGCCUAUAAUGCAGCUUUCUAUUAAUAUGAGGCAUUUAAAACAAGCUGGUCAUUUGGCUACCGAAAGGGCUUAGUGUUCAUGUUACAUCAGAAUAAAGAGUAAUAACUGAGAACUGCCAAUCUGUUAAUAGAGAAGUCUUUCUGGUUUGGGGGCUGUUUACUACAGUUUGGUUACCACUGAGUAGAGAGGGGUGAUUUGCUCAAGGAAGGCUUUGCUUACAGAGGUCUACCCCCAACUCCAAAGUUUAAGGACAACAUGUCAGAGAAUGCUGAACUGAGGCUGUAUCGUGGCCUUUCUGUAAAGCUUUAGCAGGCCAAAAACACAGCAAAAGCCUUUCAAUUUGAGAAGAAACUGUUUGGUUUUGGUUCUUUUUUGAAGAAAAACAUUUGCCAAUAAAUGGCCAUAAUUUUCAUCCAGUUCAAACCCAUCUCCAGGUUGAGGAACAGCAAGGCUGAAGGACAGGGAGAAGAAGUCAAAUGCAGACCACUCCUUGGAACUCCAAUUGAAAUCACAUAACAAACUGAAUAUGUGAACAAGCAGACCCUGCUGCUUGUGCAGACUGAAGCCACAUUGCAGAAGGACAACUGAACCUUUAGAAAGUUAUCUAACGUAGUUUCUGAACUGCCCAGCCUGCUGAGCCUCUAACGCCAAACAGCAGUUGGUAGCUGAGCUCCUGCAGCUUUCCCCUGGGAAAACCGCUUUUUCUGGAUGUAACAUGAGAAACAGAAAACUUUGGGUAGCAUCACAUCUUAAAAAUGACCAUUUUCAACGCACUUCACGAAUGUUCAGCUUUGUCGUUUAAGAAUAACAGCUAGAGGACUCUCUGUUACCAUAAAGUUUCUGCAAAGAAAAAUACAAUUUGGUAUAUUUUCUACACAGUCAUUCAUAACAUUUCUGUGCAACAUUUGGUGUUCGUUACAUUUAUUUGGCCUAUUAAAAGGAAGCAAGAACAAAACAGCUGCAAAUAAAACCAACUUCUCUUUCACAACAGAUACUUCAGAUGCCGAAGCUGCUACAUGUGCUUGGAAUAUCAUGCAGGAGUUCACUUAUUUAAAUAGGAUAUAUAUAGCUGAGCUCGUCUUGCAUCAGACAAAGAUGAGGGAAAACCUGGAAGAACUCAGUUGAAAACAUUGUCGAGUACAGUGACAAAGAGCACACAACCACCAAUGGUAUUUUGGCCCAAACAGUGUGUAUAUGAAGCUAUAUACACACAGACACACGCACACACACACUCACACCUAAAAAAACUCUCAGUGAUUGAACUAGAAUUCAUUGCAGAGACUGAACCGCAGAGUGGCUGGCGAGCCAGCUUCUCAUUUAGAGAAAACUACUGAAACAAGGAGUGACCACCAACACCCACCAACACCGCUGCCCCCUGCGACGUGGCUGCCUGCCUGCCCAGCGUGGAGGAAGCUUUCCCAGCUAUCAACCACAGCUUCUUUACUGGGAGGUGUGACCUCAACCCACAUUGCUGCAAGGAGAUGGACCACAGCUGUGAAAAGCUCAGCACAGGUUGGGCAGAUGCGUUUUUAAUGUUGGAGCUGAGGCUUUAUUGAGGUAUCUGGCAAUAAUCAUUACUGGUGCUGUUGUCAUUCAAGUGCUCAGGGCAUUUGGAUGAGAUGGGAAAGGGAUGAGGAAGGCUCACCAUGGGCAGGGAUUAUUUCAAACUGCAGGGAAGGGCUCCAAAUGAAAGGGGAAAAGGACACUGUUUGAAGGAGCACUAACCUCUGCUGGACGUACUGGCUUUCUCCCUCCUGGUGAUGAACAACCCAUGUCUUACCAUAACUGCUUACUGCCAGCGCUAGCCCACAUAACCAUAUUUGUGUUACAAAAAGCCUGUUUGGGUCAUAAAUCUCUAUGAAAGUCAUCUAAGCAGUAGGAAAGGAAACAUUCCUAAGAAAUUAUUGCUUCUGGAAUCUGUAAUUGCCAGCCACAAACGGUUUGAGCCCAGUGAGACUCUUGUGGUCACCCGAUGGUGUACGAACCCCACUUGUGCCCUUCUGAGCGGUGUGGUUUGAGCUCCUCUGCUUUCAUUUGAAAUACUUCAGGAUGUGCAGCUUGCCGAUUAGUGAAACACUCAGCAGUCUGAGCUCUAACAGUGCCUCAUGUACGGGCGUUGCAUGCCACCCAAGACUGCAGCAAAAGACGUUAAUAUUGUUUACAGUGUAAGAGCAACCUGGAACCAGGAAACCACAAACCUACUGCAGCAAAGGUCCUACGAGAUGGAGCAUGCAGGAUAGGUUGGACUGUACAGUACUGUAAGCAACAAUGAUACUUGCUAGCAUCAGGAAUUAAGUAAAGCCCCUUCAAAGCUCUCUUCUGCAAUGAAAACGUAAAGCCAUGCUAAUUUACACCGUAACAAAAAAUAGGUUCUGUAUCAAAGGGUGAGGGAUGCAUUUAGAAAUAAACGAGUGCCCGCUCCACCCUGAGAAGCGCCAGGGUCAAAAGGAAAGUUCUCAAACUCAAGAGAAAGUUCUGCAUCAACAGAUGUCACAGACGAUCCCUGGUGAGCGCAGGGGAAGCGAGCGCGGUGCUUCCACAGCCUGGCCCAGGGACAGGAGGAGAUACUUUGGCAGGGGCUGCCCUAAGUUAAUUCUUCUGGCAAUACUACAAAUGCUUUGGGUGUGUUUACAAUGGAUAAUGAUUUCCUUCGGUUUUGUAGGGCAGUGAAAUAGAGCUUCCUGCUACAAAGCAGUGUGCAUACUGAUGUGUUACAAACACGCUAAACAAUGCCAUCAACAAUCCCGGAUCUGGAUUUUAAUGUCAGUUCCUAGAAACAAGGCUGGGACAAACUGGACCUGCUCUGCCUUUGACUGAAACUCUCUAGGUCUGAAAUGUCAUUCUCCCUCUUCUCUGCUUGCCACGACAUAGAGAACUGAAUAAACGCAUGCAACAUCAGCCUGCAAGAGGGAACACCAGCAUCUCCUCCCUCCUUGCAGCUGGACCUUGGUGAGCUUGGCUGCGCUGUGAAAGAAACCUUGGCUUACAAAGGUGCUGUGCAGAGCAGUGGUGGUUGGAAGCUACAUUCACCAUCAAUGGAACUUGUGAGUGGUGGGGAAAUAGGUAAGGCUGGCAGCGAGCAGAAGAGCUAUAAAAAGCAUAGUGGAACCUUGCAAGAAAUAAGGUUCAUAUAAGGAGUACUUGACAAUGUUCAUUUAAACAAAAGCAGAGUCUUCAAGAUGCUUUAAAAAUAAAAUAGUAAAGCCACUUUAAAUUGCCUAACUAACUCAGCAUGUAUUUUACACGAAUGCCAGUUAUAGGGUGAAAUACAACACGCAUCCCUUCUACAUAUACGAAUAUCACCAGAAUAUAUUAAAUGUAACUGAGAUGAUAAAGAUUCAAGGCGGAAGUUCAAUUAAAGUAUUUCUCACGACUGCUUUCUUCAAUAAGGUCUCGCGUUCUUCAGUAGUACUAUUCCCCUGUCAGAACACAGUUCACAGUAUGUGUUCUAAAUAAAAAAAUAUUCACCUUAAUUAAAAAAAAAAAAAAAAAAGACUUUUUUGAGACACUUGGAAAAAAGAAACAAAGAAGUCCCACGUGAUUCCAUGUACUUUAGUGCUCGGAAUUCCACCAGCCUAAACACAACACUGUCACCCUUGGUUAGCAGAGGGCAUCACACGAACCCACAGCCUUCAGCUCACAACACACGUAUGUCACCAGGAAUCCCAUCACCAACGCCAGCCAAAACUGGGUGCCAGCUUCAAAUAUACCAAAACAUACAUUUCUUAAAUACAUCGACAAUUCAAGUAAUUUAUUAAAAACUGCUUUUCAUUUUGAAAUAUAUAUAUAUAUAUUUUCUUUUGAAGGACUAUAUUGCAGCAUGGUUUACACAUGCGGUUUAAAGUACUGUAGUAUCACAAGUUUGAGGCAGCAGAAAUCUUAACGAUGAGCUGUGAUUUGUCUGUUUGUAGCACGUGGACUGACUGCAGCCCGGAGGUCCACCCCAAAAUGAGGAAAACAGCAUCACAAACGCUCCUUAGAAGACGACAGAUUGGAAGUUCAGUUUCUCAAGUUGCUUUAAGUGGCUGCCGGAUCUCUGAGCUUUGUCUGCCCACGGACCGGGGCACUGCCAGCAAUCCAAAUAAAAACUGUAAAUCAGGUUAGCUCAACUCUUUUAAGCUCUUCACAGAAAAUGUCUUUGCAUUGCAGCUACACGUCCUGAAUCAAGGAAGGGGCACGGAGGUUGCGCUGAUGAAAUUGGUAGAGCGGCUCAGAAGAGCUCCAGCCCUACAAUUCCUCCAAGACGGGGACUGGAACAGCAACACACGUGAGUGGAUUGGAUUUUAAGGCCUAAAAACUGUUUCUGACACAAAUAUUUAUACAACCAGACUAUGCCAUAAAGUUACAGAGGUAGGCCUUCGGUUCACCUUGUUGUACUGACUCUGUGCCUUUAACCCGACUGCUGCAUUCCCAGCCUGGAGGUUAAAGGAGCAAAAAAAGUGCAAGUAAGCAAUGACUUCCUUCUGCCAAAUGAGAAUUUGCACACCCGUCCCACAAAGCUGACCUCAGGGACACCCUCCUUCACGGCAGCUUCAUCCAGAGAUCAUUAAGUUUAAAUGCCAAGAAAGCCCCAGAGCUGACCGGUACUCAAAACUCCCAGCUAUAAAUUGUCACAGCAUAUUCUAAUGACAUUCAUUAAAUUCAGCACUUGUGAUAAAAACCUGCGAGUGCUGACCACCUCUCCCAGCAGCUGCUCCUUCCACCUACGGUUCACAUCAUGCCCUCACCUACAAGCAGCAGAACAGGGAGUAGUAGCUGUUGAACAGUAUGACUGACAGCAUUCACAGCAGUUUCUCAGAAACUGCAGUAAUUGCUUAUUUUUUUUUCUUUUUUUCCUUGAAAAU